AUGCCCAAAUCGAAAUUUGCAUGCGAACUUUGCCACAAACCGCUUCGCAAUCUGGGCGAGGCAAAAGCUGUUCAUGACCGAACCUGUCCAGGCUUCAAAGCCUUGCACAUUCAAUCUGUGGCGCAUAUCCAUCAACAUCUUCGAAACGCAGCACAAGCCCCUCCGUUACAUGCAGACCCAGUCGGGGCUGUCGAAGUCCCACAGAUGGUAGUGCAGGAGAGCGAGGCUCCUGUCCUUCGCCCAAGUGGUCUUCCAAAUCGUCGUCGUCGUGCUCCAGCCAAGUUGAAGGAUGCUGCUCCCCCCCCACCACCAAGAAUUCGCGGGGUCAUUCGACCCCUACCCAUGGAGACCACGAUGGAGAUUGAUUCCCAACUCUCGUCAAUCCCUGAUCCAGAGCCCCAGCCGCAGAAGUGGAUUCGCACUGAAAUCGAUGCUUUUGGACUUUAUAAGGUUUAUCCCCAACGUCCAACCCAUGACCCUGACUCGCACAUCACAUCCCAAGAACUUUACAAAGUCGAAAACCCAGCUGUAGUGGGACUAGACAACUUCCCGUUGCCGAAAGAGCCGUGGUUCUACCCUUUCCCCAACGCGUCAGUUGCACACAUGAUCAAGUACCAUAUCGAGGAAGAUCACGCGGGAUCCAUCGGCGCCUUUGACCGACUUGUGCAAAAUGUUUUACAGCCUAACGAGGAGGCUCAAUCGGACGGGGUCGAUCUGCGUGAACUUCCCAUGCCGUUUUCAACAAAAAAGUUCCUUGACGAUCUCGAUAAGAAAGGGAUCGAGCCUUUGGGUAUAACUGAGAAAUGGAAACAGGGUAGUGUUGCUCUGAAGCUGCCUUGUGUGGGUCGAGAGCAGAAAGAAUCGGCAGCCCCGGAAUUCAUGAUCACAGAUAUUCAUUACCGUCCACUUCUCGAUCCUAUCAAGGAAGUUCUUCAAGGUCCUCUCUUCCAGAAAUUUCAUACGACCCCAUUCUCUUUGCGAUUCAUCCCCACAACAGAUGAUAUCCCGCUCCCUCAUGCUGACGCUGAACUCGAUUCCAAUAUUUGGGGACUGCCAAAUCUUCCUGCUGGUCAUGAAGAGGUAUUUGGAGAGGUCUAUUCAUCAGCGGCGAUGCUGGAAGCAUACGACGCGAUCCCGCAACCUCCACCCCCUCAAUCACCAGAUGAUCCUGUGGAGAGUAUUGUCGUUGCUCUCAUGGAAUGGUCUGACGCCACCCAUCUCGCUCAAUUUGGCACGGCUUCGCUCUGGCCCGGUUAUACAUUCUUCGGCAAUCAUCCCAAAGAUUUCAGAGGUAAACCGUCUUCGAACGCAGGUUUCCAUCAAGUGUAUUUCCCGAGUCUUCCCGACGCGAUACAUGAUGCAUACCGCCAACAUUACAGCUGUGAUAUGCCCGACGAGGUCUUCACUCACCUUAAGCGUGACCUAAUGCAUCGCAUCUGGGACCUUUUGCUCGAUGACGACUUCAUGGACGCGUACAAGAACGGUAUCAAAAUCAAAUGUUGGGACGGCAUUGUCCGUCUGGUCUUCCCUCGCUUUUUCAUCUAUGGCGCGGAUUAUCCUGAAAAAGUUCUACUUGCUACUAUCCGAAGCAUGGGUGGCUGUCCAUGCCCUCGUUGCUUCAUUCAGAAACACCAAAUCGCCGAGACUGGCACAGUCAAUGAUAUGAAGCGACGAGAAGUCAUUCGUGUUGAUGACCACCCUCGGAGAUCAACCAUCGAGGAUGCGCGCAGAGCUAUCUUUGAGAAUGGUUCUGCUGUUGCGGGCUCUUCCAUCAACAGGAUGCUCCAAGCCAAGUCUUGGGUUCCGGUUCGGAAUGCGUUCUCCAAACUCAACACUGAGACAACAACCUUCAACUUUUAUACAAUGUUCGUCCCAGACCUCCUGCAUGAAGUCGAAUUGGGAGUGGUCAAGGCAAUCCUCACUCAUCUGAUUUGCAUGCUGCAAACCUUCAAGAACGUCGGAGAAUUUGAUUCACGAUUCCGCCAAGUAGGAACAUUUGGGCGGUCGGUGAUACGUUCCUUCGGCAGCAAUGUUUCUGCAAUGAAAUAUGCAGCUGCGAGAAACUUCGAGGAUGUUUUACAGUGUAUACUCCCCGUCAUCGAGGGAUUAUUUCCUGAUCACCAACGUCUUAUCGAUCAACUGUGCUUCGAGCUAGCAGUGUGGCAUGGAUAUGCCAAACUACGCAUGCAUACGACCUCCACUGUCGAAAUCUUCCGAACUGCUACUAAGGAUUUGCUUACCUCCAUUCGACGCUUCGCCCGUGAAACUGCAAGUGUAAAAACAUACGAGCUGCCUCGAGAGGAGCGGCAACGAACAAAGAAAGCAGCCAAGAAAGCGGCAACACUUGACCAGCAGGCUCCUGUGCCGGAAUCCCAGCCCACCGCUUCAGUCAACGACGCCCAGUCCAAACCCAAACCCAAACCCAAACCCAAACCCAAACCCAAACCCAAAUCCAAAACUACAUCCAAAUUCACAACCAAAUCCGCACCCGUACCCCCGCCUGUAUCCCUGCCUGUACCCCCGCCUGCCCCCCCCGCCUGCGCCUGUACCCCCGCCUGCACCCGCACCCUCCACUACACCAGACGUGUCAGCUACUACGGCAUCAACAUCCCUUGA